GCGUCCUUGAAGAAUUAUGGCGGCGCUGGUGAGAGUCGUGAAGCACCGAGCUGGAGUACCUCAAUGGAUUGCAAUAUGCAGUGGCUUGAUACAAACAACGUUAGCUCAACCAAAAUGGGGCAGGAUGCUCCAUGGCACUCUCCAGAGACGCAAGAAUGGCCAUUCACAAUUAACCAAAGUUUGCUGUGGAUUAAUACAAGCCAUUGGUACAGUAAAACAGCCGAACAGAACAAUUCAUCAUACAAAAACGCUUUCUACAGCCAAAGAUUCCCUUCAGCCAUCUGAAGAGAAAGUAGGCACUUUCACGAAGAUAAUAGAAGCAAUGGGUUUCACAGGACCAUUAAAAUAUAACAAAUGGAAAAUUAAAAUAGCAGCACUGCGCAUGUAUACAUGCUGUGUGGAGAAAACAGACUAUGAGGAAUUCUUUAACAGAUUUCAGAUGCCUGACACGUUGAACUCUUGGUUUUUAGUAGCACAGCUUCAUGUCUGGAUGUGUUUAGUACGACUGAAGCAAGAGGGCCGAGCAGGGAAAUACAUGUGUCGCUAUAUAGUUCAUUCUAUGUGGGAAGAUAUUGAGCAGCGUGGGAAGGUCAUGGGGAUUAAUUCUGUUGCUCGGAAAGAAGCUUUGAGAAGCAUGACAGAAAUUUUCUAUGCAGCUAUUUUUGGAUAUGAUGAGGGAAUUUUAUCAGAUGAUCAUGUGCUUGCAGCAGCCAUCUGGAGAAAUCUGUUCAAUAGUAACUGUGAUGAUCCAAGGCAGCUGGAAAUAAUGGUGGAAUAUGUGCGCAAACAGGUGCAGCACCUGGACGCUAUGCUUGGAGAAGACCUGCUGCUAUCUGGUGAAGUGACUUGGCGCCCCCUUGUGGAAACUAAUGCCCAGAGCAUUGUGAAGCCUGCUUCCCCAACAUAUAAUGAUGAAGGACUCUGAAAUCUUCAGCAGCCAGCUUGAAAACAUUUGCUGCGGACUAUGUGUUAUCCCUGUAUGUGGAACAAUUCCUGGAAGUGGGACUUGACUAAUACCAUGGGGCUCCCAAGUGAGAAAAGAAUAAAUGCUGUAUUUGCUGUUUGAAAGAGUGAUUAAAAACUUCCCUCUUUUGUAAUUAACCUCCCACCCUUAGUAAACCUGAACAUGCUAUUUUUAAUAUUAUAUUCAUAGUGAAAUGCUGCUAAUUCAUUUGAGGCAGAUGUCUCCAAUCUGGAACCCUUCAGAGUUGCUGCAACUACAGUUUCUAUUAUCCCUGCCAGCACAUCGACAGUUUGCUGGCUGGUAGUUAUGAUCCCCACACCUCUGGGGAGCACCAGAUUGGGGAAGCUGAUUUGAAGAAUCCCUCACAGUUACAUUAUCCAGUAGUCACAGCAUGCUUUUGAGAGCAAAACAGUUUACCAAAGUGACAAGCAAGCUGCCUUUUGUCUAGCAAGAGGGAAUCAGCUGUUCAAAUGUUAGGAUUCUCUCUUCUGUGAAGCUGGUAACUACAAGCAUGGAAGUGCGCAAAGUCUUCCUGUACAAGUAUUGGGUGUCUCAGGGCAAAUGAGAUAUUGGAAUUGCAAAGCUUGAAUAAUGGUUGAGGUUCCUAAAAAGCCUGCCAGCAAUUUCCCAUCUCAGGUCAGGUUGUAGCUUGAUACAAAUGGUGAGGGACAGUUUCCUUGCUAGCCUUUGCAGCACAGGAACAGACAGUGUUUGUUAAUAACCCCGUAGGAGGCAGACAUUUGAGAGCCCAAAUAUAUAUAUAUAUAUAUAUAUAUAUAUAUAUAUAUAUAUAUAUAUAGUUGCAUUUAACUUUGUUUUUUAAAAAUGCAGAUAGCAUCAGCUGGGAGGGGCUGCUAAUUAUUGGAUCACAGCAGGUGUGGAGAGGGAACAUUUUCUUCUCCUGCUGUGUGGUCCUGAGAAAAACUCAUUUUCUGAAGCUGGCAUAGUUGCUUUUGGGUGGGGGGCGUGUGGAAAUCCCACAGGGUUGUUAAUGGGGGAUUUUCUUCCAAUGCAAAUUGCAACUUCAGAGGAAGGACAUUCCUCAGGUCACAGCAGGGGAGGAAAGGGUUACAUUGGUGCAAUCCCAAUAAUUAUCCACCUUCAUCUCAGUUGGAGGUAGUUGCAUUUUUUAAAUGCCUCCACACUAAAUGCAACACCCAUUUAAUGAUCAUGGUCUAGUUUGGGCCGGAGGCUGGGCCUAGAAACCAGUUCUCAGCCUACCAUUGCUUUCUUCCUACUAUGCUCUGAAACCUUUGCAGUAUGAACAACAUUUCCUAUUCAUGGGUUUGUUUUGCUCAGGCCAUCUCCCUUCAAAAUAAUGGCUCAGGAUCCUGUGUGACUAACAAAAUGACCAAGUGAUGUUUUUUCUCUCUUGCUUUAUUAAAUGGCACCUUUCCAUCAAAACCACCCCCAUAUGUGUUGCAUAAAGGUUAGCACAUUAUUUCUUUUUAGAUGGAGAAGAACCUUCUUCCUCUUUCAUGGUCAGAAUUGAAGCCUGAGAUACAAUCAUCUUGUUUUCCAUACCAUGUAACGCCUUUGUUGAACAGUUAGGAGAACAGUUCUCCACAUACUUAGGGUUUGAUCCUAAUAAAUGUACUGAAAAACAAUGUAGACAAAGGUCUUUCAUUUAAGAUGGCAUUAACCAUACAGAAAAAUUGGUGGGCCUGCUCAGACAAUACACUAAGCCAUGGUUAGGCCACCAAUCCUUUUGCAGCAAAUGGUUAGGGAGUGUGUUUAUAGUGUGAUUAUGUAACCACCAUGGUUAGGGUGGUUCAGGUGACACACUAAGCCAUAAUGUUUAGAGUGUAUUUGUCCUUCACUGCCUUGUUUUACCAAAGCUGUGCAUGUGUUCCUCUGCUCUUAAUAACAUCUUCCCAAUGAGUUCACAGCAUGCUAUAGUAGUGGAUUUUCUGCAUUGGCAGCCAUUGGACUAGAGUAGGGGUGGGCAGCAGGUAGAUCUCCAGAGUUUUGGACCUCAACUCCCAUAAGCCCCUGAUAGCAUGGCCAAUUGUCAGGAAUACUGGGAGUUGAAGUCUAUACCAUAAUGGAGAUCUACCUUCUGGACUAGAUGACCUUUGAAGCCCCCAUGGUUCAAUCGGUUCUUUUUCCCGGUGGUCAUAGAGAUUAAAAUUAAUCUCCAGCACACUAGCCUACUCUUUACUGGGUUCAUCCAGGCAAGCGGUGCUGUUAACUAUCUGUUACUGAUAAUCAUGUAAGUCGGUGCCACCAAAAAUACAUUGUCCAGUGCAAAAACCUGUUUCCCUCCCAAUGUUUGAUUCCAACACCCAUCAGCCUCAGCCAGCAUGUCCAACAGUCAAGGAUUAUAAGAGUUGGUGUCAAACAACUUCUGGAGGGACACAGGUUCCCCAACCCUCAUUUAGUGCUCUUCAUCCUGAGGGGAGAGGGUUGUAUGAAAGCUUGUAUAUUGUUUAAGAUGGCAUAGACAAGUUUGAACAACUGGCUUCAAUAAAAACCCAAAGCUUAAUCUCUGAUCAUUGUCUUGUUUCCCUGUUGGGCUGUUGCAUCCAUGUACAUAUCAAUGGAGACACCUUCUUAGAUGAGAUUAACUUUUUUUAAUGCAAAUUAAAUGUGGCUUCAUGUCUAUCCCAUGCUGAGAUUCCAAACCCAUCAUUGGACACACUGGGUGUGUUUCCAUGAUAAUGGAGGCAAAGUCAGACAAG